GGAGGGCUGGCUUCGCCUCGCCCAAGGCGGCUGCUGCCGGGAGACGCUCCGCCGCAGAAUCCCGCAGGCGAGUGAGCCGGCGCCGCUGGAGCAGCAGCAGCAGCAGCAGGUGGAGCUACGCAAAAAGCAGAGGUUUCUACCGACGCAAAUCUCUGUAUCUUCCAUCCAGACAAACCAAAGGCACCGUCACAGUUCAAGAACGUUUUCCAGCAGCGACGGCACCCCCCUGGGAUCGGACGAUGGCCUCCGCGUUGGGGAACCGGACGGAGACCUGGCUUCAGAAGCUGGACUCGAUGAUGCGGGCCCUGAACCAGACUCUCUCUCACGCUUGCCCCCAGGAUGCGAAGCCCGUCGAGGAGGAGAAGGACAACUACGCUUGCAUCUACAUCCUCUUCGUGAUGAUCCUCUUUGGCGUAGUCGGGAGCCUGAUCCUCGGCUACACCAGAUCCCGCAAGGAGGUGGACAAGCAGAGCGACCCCUAUCAUGUUUACAUCAAGAAUCGGGUGUCCAUGAUAUGAGGAGGAGGACCAAGGCAGGAAGGACUUGAGAUGCCGCAGGGCAGAAAUCCUUGGUGCAUCCUUUGCAAGAAGGAGACACGCCUUUAUUGCCUUUUAUUUGCCAACCUGGUGCCCUCCAGACGUGUUGGACUACAACUCCCAUCAUCCAGGGCCACACUAGGCUGCAAACGACCCCUACUGGUUAAAAACGGUUCUGCCUCAUGAGCUGCCUUUUAAAUUUCGCCGAGAUCCAAAGCCUUCAGCUCCAAACCUAUUCUCACUUAUUUGGGAGUCUUAAGUCGUUUAGUUGUGUCCGCCUCUUUGUGACCCCCUGGACCAGAGCACGCCAGGCCCUCCUGUCUUCCACUGCCUCCCGCAGU